AGGGCAGAAGGAAAUGCAUCUAGUUCUGUGACCAUAGAACCAGCUCUUACUGCCAUUUCUUCUACCACACUUUCUGGACCUAAUAUCUCUGCUCCAUCUUUCAGGAGAGAACUUUUUCUCAACAAUCCAUUGGAAGCCUUACCCAAGUGUGCACCUUAUCCACCUGCUACAGUUCAUAUUCUGAGUGUUAACAGCCACAUGGCCAUUGUGUCCAAAACGGCAUCAGUUAUCACUAGGUCAAGAAGACUAAAAACUGGGUCUUCUGAAUUGAUUGCCCUGGUUCCAAAGUUGGGGACCAAUGAAGCUAAUCGUAAAAAGUGCCUACCCAUGAUGAAUACCAUGGGAACUCAGACCUUUGAGCCACUGGUGUUUCCUCUUGCUUCUACGGAAUCUACUUUGACAGUCCAGCCUGAGAAAUCCACAUCGGUGCCUCCAUUUACUGGCAGGAAAUUGCUACUGGAAAAUCCAUUGGGAAGUAGUUUAACACUUCCUCAAAUGCCCUUUCCUUCAAUUCCAAUGGAGGCAACCACGCAUGUUAGGAGUAGCGCUGCUGCUGCUGUGUCUGCUGCUGUGUUGAUGCGCUCCAGACUCUCCAAUCACAGUAGCUAUCGUUCUCUGUUGGAUGCCCUUCUCAUUACUCCUAUUAUUAAACCUCCUCUUCUGGAAAGCACAAGGCCAUCAAGGAAAUCUACAAGUGUUCUGGAGAUGCAAAGGAAGUGGAGUGAUUCUUUGGAGCCUACACAAUUUGCUACUUGUACUGCUGCUGCUGUAAGAAGCAUGCCUGAAAACCCAGAAAAUGGUGCCAGUAGGCCUAUUUCAGCUGAUACAGAGUCUGGAGCAGCAUUCAAGCCCACAGGACCUCAGUAUGCUGUGAAAACCUCAGGCUGGGAGUCUUCUAAGCAACCAGCUGGAAGUGGAUUGAUUUCCAACAACAGUGCCAUGCGUGGCGAGAAAGCCACAGCAGCACUUCCGCUAACAAAUGAAGAUACUUUGGUUCAGAGAGCAGAGCAUAUUCCAGCAGGCAAGCGGACUCCAAUGUGUGCUCAUUGCAAUCAAGUCAUCAGAGGGCCUUUCCUUGUAGCAUUAGGAAAAUCCUGGCACCCAGAAGAGUUCAACUGUGCUCAUUGCAAAACUUCCAUGGCUUAUAUUGGUUUUGUGGAAGAGAAAGGAGCAUUUUACUGCGAGGGUUGCUAUGAGAAGUUCUUUGCUCCAGAAUGUGCCCGAUGCCAGAGGAAGAUACUUGGGGAAGUAAUAAAUGCUUUGAAACAAACCUGGCAUGUCUCCUGCUUUGUGUGUGUGGCCUGUCACAAGCCCAUUCGCAACAAUGUUUUCCAUUUGGAAGAUGGUGAUCCUUACUGUGAGGCAGAUUAUUACGCACUCUUUGGUUCCAUGUGCCAUGGAUGUGAAUUCCCGAUUGAAGCUGGGGACAGGUUUCUGGAAGCCUUGGGCCAUACUUGGCAUGAUACCUGUUUUGUGUGCUCAAUAUGCUGUGAGAGUUUGGAGGGCCAGACUUUCUUCUCCAAGAAGGACAAGCCUCUGUGCAAGAAACAUGCUCACUCUGUGAACAUCUGAAACAUUAAAGGUUGCUCAAACAAAUAUAUGACAAGAAAAGAACAUUGUUGGGUGUUGGUUUUCAAUAUGUAUUUAUAUAAACUUUAAAUUGUAGAAGCAAAGACAUGGGAAGGAAUAGGGUUUAUGACUUCACAUGAAAUAUAGGAGGGGUAAUUGAUUAGGUCUGAUACCUCCCAGUUGUGUUUCGGUUGUGAAAUUUUCAAUUCAAAAUUUAUCUGGAGGGCAUCAGGUUGGAAAUAGCUGAAUUAAAGUGAUCUUUAAUAAGAGACUGAAGCUAGAUCUUUGUUGUUAAUGAGAAUAAAUCUAAAAAAAGUGGAUGUUGAUUGGUUUUUUAAUCAAAUAAUAUUGUGCCUUAGUCCAAUAAUUUGUAGCAAAUUUUGCAUUGUUACUUAAAUACUGCAUAUGAUAAGCAGCUUCUUGGAUACCGUAAAGAGGAUGAUGUGAGAACUCUGAUAUCUGGCAAAUCUAGAAGUGGGUUUGUAGCUGCUUUACAGGUAGGGACAAACAUUCUGGUUAAUUCAUCAGUUCAGGUAGAAUCCAGCCCUCCAUCAAAGAAACAUUUGUCAGUGGACCAAGAAGAGUAAUUUUCAUUAGGUCUCCUCUGACUACAGACAUCUUUGUAUGUCCAGUUAUGCUUAGUGGGGUUUCCAAACCCCUUUUGAAGACAGAACUCUUAUUAUUGUAUUCUACUCAUUUUAAUGUUAGGUAUCUGGAUUUUCCAAAGAUAAAGCUAGCAAAUAAAACUGUUGGCAUGCAAGAGAGUAUUCAUGUUAUUAAGAGAAAUUGAAGCAGUCAUGUGUUAACACAGUUCCUUUAAUUCCCACAGGGUAUAAGAUUUGUCUUUUGCAUUUAAUUUUUUAAUUUCUGAAAUAAUGCAGAAAAGUUAAAUAAACUUUACCCAUCAAGUAAUGAAUUACUCAGCUGUGAAGGAAAGGUCUGUGGGUGUUCAGGAAGAAUAUAGUUUUGCUUCUCCUGAAAUAUAGCAGACAUUGUUAAAAGAAGUCUGAGUAGUAUGGAUAGAUGGGACUGAGUCAAGCUCAGAUUACAUAAAAGAACUGCUUACUCAUCAUUUACAUUGUGUGCACAUAGUACUUAUUUUGUUGUAACAUACAGAAAAGAAGGGUAGGGGGGAAUGAAACAAUUUCAGCUUUCUUAGAUACAGUAAGUACUGAGAUUUUUAUUUUCUUUUGUGAUUUUGUCAUCAGCUGCCUUCAUCAUAUGUAAAAUACAUAAUGAAUUAUGUUGAAUUUCUGUUUCAAUACAUCAUGCUUGCUUGCCUCCUAUCUGUGUGUGUGUGUGUGUGUGUGUGUGUGUGUGUGUGUAAACGUAUAACUACCAUUCUUGUCCCUGUAUACAUCAGCUCCUCUGUUCUGGUGGUGAUGGAAGAAGAGAGAGAAAGGAAAGGCAAGAACUAAUACUAUAAUAUGUUCUUUAAUGCAAGGAUUUAAAAGAAUAGCUUGAUAGAUUCCCAAAUGGGUAAAGAGUUAACAUAAACUGUAAGUAAGUGUUCUGAGCAGGCUGUGUCAGAGGUCUUUGUGAGGUUGAGGGAAAGUUCAAAAUCUGCAAAAUGGUGAGCUUGGUACCAUGAUCCAAGCCCCACCCCUUUUAUGUGACAUUGACACAUGCAGAAAAGGGAUGGAGCUUGGAUCACCAUGCUGCACCUGCCAUUUACAGAUGUUGACCUCUGGAAUCCAGAGAGGUAUUGGCUACUACUCCCUUUUGGGACCUCUAACCUUAAUAAAUUAAAAGUGAUGAUACCUGAAAACAAAAUAAAAGCAUUAAAAGAGAGAGACAUUUGAAUACUUUAAACAUUUACAACUUGAAGCCCUCUUUAAGCUUGAAUUCCAGGCUAAGUGGCCCUCAUAAAGCAUUCGCAGAAUGGCCAGGAUAGCCAUGCAGAUGUGCUUUUUAUGUGGAUUAUGGAUCCGUGAAAGCUGGACCAUGAUAACUUUGCAAAAUAAACUAUAGUAUUUCCAGAUUGGAACCAAUUUAGAGUUCCCAAGUACUUACUAAAGAAAGGAGGGUUUCACUGAAUUAUUAAAUGUUGUGUCAUGUGAUGAUAUCACAUACUAAAAUGGGGGGUAUUAAAUAUUCAGUCCUCUGUAUUCCUUCCAGUGUUGUAAGUAUUCCAGCAUUUUCACUUCAGAAGCAUGGAGUAAAUGGACUGGAUCAGAGUUAGCCAAAAUAGACCAUUAUAAUCAAAGGAAUUUAAAUUAAUCAUGUUUAAUUUAAAUCCUAUUGAUUUUUAUUGAUCUGUUCUAAGUAUGAACAAGUCUGUAUCCAGCCCAAUAUAUAUGAGGUUUAUUCCCUUUCCCCUAGACUCUUUAAAUUUAUUUUCUUCAUUCAUAAAUAAAUAUGAUUCAUUCAUAUAUAAAUAUCAUAUUUAUAUAUUAUAGGAGAAAUACGGUUACCAAUCAGCAGUUUUACAGGGCAAUUUACAAUUUGCAGAAUAAGGUGACUUUGACUUUAGUGGCAAACGCUGAGCAUUCAAGAAGUUAUUUUGCUCUGCAUUGUGUAAAUGCCAUACCAUAGCCUUCCCUUGACUGAGAACUUCAGGAAUUGUAGUUUCAGUCUCUGGAGAGUGGCAGGGUGAAUAAGAUUGGCCUAGCUGCUGUUAUGAAAAAUGGAAAAUAGGAUACACUAGGAGAAAAGGAUAGUUGAAUGUAAUUUAAGAACAUUUUCCAUUGAUAAUUAGCCACUUAUUUUAUAAGAGAAUUGAAACUCAGUCUAUUUAUGAACAGCAUAGAUUAAGAACAAGCUGUUGCAUAUUGUAAUUAACUAGUACCUCAUUCUUUGUUAAUAGAACAAAGUCCCUUUGGUACAAGAACUAAGGUAAAAUUUAAAGAUGGUUGUACUUUGGUCAGGAGUGGUGGGGUGGCAUUCAAAAGUAAGAGGAAUGGAUGUGCAUUGUGUGAACUUAGGCUUGUUUCAGUCAACUGAUAUUCUGGUGAUUUGGAUAUCAGUUCUCGUUUUAUUUUAUUGCUCUGUUUUAAAACAAGUGGUUCUUUUUAAAAAAAAUCUUUGUCUAAACACAUAUCUGUGUUUCUGUUGUCAUUUGUCUCUCAGUUCAGUUGUUGUAAAAAGCCUGGUCAUUAACUUGACAUGAUGUACACAUCAAUAAACAUGUCUGUGGAAUUA